AUGCCCGGACUGCGUCCCAGACCGUUUAAAGACAGCGUAUGCCGGAAUCCUCUUAGGAGUAUGGAGGAAUUGCGUCAGCGAACGGCUGACGAGAUCAGGGUAGAGGAUAUGAAACAAAGCUACCGGAAAGAACUCCAGGAGGCGAAGUCGGAAAAGCAGGAAAGCCGGCGGGACAGUCAGGGCGGUCGCCCAGGUAGCGACAAGGCGAGAGAGGGACCCCGGAAUCCCCGGUUCCCGCAGUACACACAGUUGAACGCCCCUAGGGCCCGGAUACUGCAAGAAUUGCUUAGCGCCCAAAUAAUGAAGGUGCCACAACAGCGUCCGACCCCCCCGGGAGCGGACAAUUCUAAACACUGUUUGUACCAUCAAAACAUGGGUCACAACACUGAAGAUUGCGUAACAUUGAAAGAUAAAAUAGAAGAAAUGAUCAGGUCUGGACUGUUGCAGCAAUAUGUGAAAGGAAAUCGAACGGUGGAAUACCGUGGCGGCCGAGAGCGAAAGGAGUACGUGAGGCCAAGCUUUCCCCAUUCUGACGAAAAGAGAGCCUACACGAGAAGCCCCCCUCGGUCUGCGAGGACCCACCGGCCAUCUGACGACCACGACAAUCGAUAUACGGGGGGCCGGAAAAAUAACGCUAGGAGAUCACGCAGUCGAAGUCAAGAGAGAGGCCAUAGUCGCCCGUUGAGGGGAGUCAUCAAUACCAUCUCAGGCGGGUUCGCUAGCGGAGGACAGUCCUCGUCCGCCCGCAAGAGAAGUAUCAGGACGUUGCGGUCCAUCCAUGCCGUGGAGGUCCCUAAGAGAACAAUGUUGCCCAUUACCUUCAUAGACGAAGACUUCCAUGCCCCCGACCCCGAGCAAGACGACCCCAUGGUCAUCACCGUGGAGGUAGCGCGGUACGAGAUCAGCAAGGUGUUGGUAGAUCAAGGCAGCUCGGUGAACAUCCUCUACUGGAAAACGUUCCAGCAAAUGGAUAUUUCGGAAGACCUAAUAGUCCCAUUUGGUGAGCAGCUGGUGGGAUUCGCCAGGGAAAGAGUUGACACCCGAGGCUACCUUGACUUGAGAAUACGUUUGGAACCAGCCGCUCCAGCGAAGAAAAGAAAGUUAGAUUCUUGCUGGUAG